AUGAUUAUCCUCGUCAAGACGAACGAGAGGCAAACCGAGUGGGAUACGAAGAGACUUAUCAAAGGUGGACGCCAGAAGGAGGAAGAAGUUAUGUCAAUCACAGGGGCAAGUUCCCACGAGACGAUACCGAGUAUUAUCACUUGGGCGAAGAUCAAGGUCAGGGAGGAGGAAGGUGGAAAGCGAUUUGCUCAUUAUGGACCUCAGCCCAAAACCACGCAUAAUUUGUGCGGAGUAAGACAAAAGCUUGGAGAAAAGUUGAGAGAUUAUUACGAACGCUUUCAAGCAGAAGCAAGACAAGUCAAGGGGUUACAAAAUCAGACGUAUUUGUUGUUGUUCACUACUGGAUUACAACCCGGAGGGAUCGCGAACUCGUUAGCCAAAAAGUGUCCGGCUACAAAAGAAGAUUUGUUGGAAAGAAUUCGAAAAUACAUUGAUUUAGAGGAAUUUAAAUCUUCUCAAAAGCAAAUUGAGCAAGGUUUUCGAGACACAAAUCCAGGUCGGAGGCCGGAGAGACCAGCAGGAAGAGGGCAGUUUGAAGAGAGGCGGCCUAGGUUAGUCGGAGAAAGAUUUAGAGAGGCAUAUAGGAGGGAGUUCACACCGUUGAAUAUAUCUAGAGCUCAGAUAUUGAAAGAAGUAAUGUCUACAGAGAUGAGAAAUGUCCCAAGGUCGCCACCUAUUCAGUCAAUAUUCGCGCAGACAAACAAGACAAAAUGGUGUGAAUUUCAUCGGGGGUACGGGCACCAUACAAACGACUGUUAUAACUUGCAGAACGUUAUUGAAUGGUUGAUCAAAGAAGGGAAGUUACAGAAGUAUGUGAGAAGAGAAGGAGAUGGCAGUAAUGAAGACAAAUAUCGACGACCAUAUCGUAGUCGGAGCCCGCCAGGAGGAAGAAUCAAAGAGGCUGGCAAGAUUCAGAAAGAAAAAGAAACAUCCCCCAAUCCGGUCCAGAUAGGUCACGAAAGAAGAAAGACGGGCAAACAUGUAGUUUUUGAAGACUUGGACGAUGAGAUAAUAGAUCCAGAGCAUGAUGAUCCUCUAGUCAUUUCAGGAUUGCUAGCAAACUAUCGCUUUGAUAGAAUGUUGGUAGAUCCUGGGAGUUUGGUGGACAUUAUAUUUUGGGAUGCCUUUAGAAGAAUGGAUUUGGAUUAUGACCAGUUGGAACCAUGUGGAGCCGAGUUGCUAGCUUUCACAGGGGCUAAAAUUAAGUCAUUGGGGUAUAUCCCUUUGAGGUUGACUUUAGGCAAAGCACCCACGCAUAAAACGGUCACCUUGUCGUUUGCUGUAGUAGAUUUGAGCUCGGCGUACAAUAUUAUUUUGGGGCGGCCAUUCAUGAAGAAGUUUAAGAUAUUUUUGUCGAUUGACCAGUUGGCUAUGAAAUUUGUGGCCGAAGAUGGGUCAGUAGCCGAUAAAGGCAAACCAAGUGGUUGCUGGGAGUUGUUAUAA